AUGCAGCUUCUCAGCACUGUUCUGGUAGCCCUCGUUUUCAGCGGCGCCCGCGUCGCUGACGCGUUGCAGGUCUUACCGACGGGCAUGACUGUGGUCUUGGGCAACGUUAUAUACUUCAUUCCCCCUACUCCGGUCGCCACGCUCUCUCUCAGGAACUCCAGCGAGGCUGCGUCUCUGAAGUUCGGUGGGGCAUUAGUGCCUUUCACCUUCAUUAAUGCUAGCGGAGGUAGCUUCGGGCCGAGCGAUCUUGCUUCCGUGGUAGCAAAGAAUGCAAUUUCGGACGACGUGUGGUCUUCGGAUUUUAUGAGCGGACUGUACAUUACCUCCGCGACUACCCCCAGUCUCAGUCCGGGCAAUGGGACUGAAAUUAUUUUGUCCUCGUCAGGCACACCGCUGAGCGCGUCUAUUCCUUCCGGUCCUUACGUCGUAGAUACUACUUCUGGUGGCAUUUUUGAAGCCUGGCGCUUGUACAGCGACGAGAACCAGGCAUUCCUCUAUGGCACGAUGCCCGACGGCAAUGGCGGCUUCACCGAGCUCAGCGCUAACAUAGCCGGAGCGGCUACCGUUAGCAUUGCAGUGCCUUCUCGGUUGUACUUCUCCCCGACUGCAGACAAGCCCCUCGCUGGCGCGCGCAUUGCCGUGAAGGACAUCUUCGACAUUCAGGGCCUACGCACUGGUUGUGGCAACCGCGCAUACUUCCAGCAAUAUCCGCCGAAGAACGCGACUUGCCCCGCGGUCCAGCGCCUCAUCGACGGUGGUGCCAUCAUAGUGGCGAAGUCGAAGGCUUCCCAGUUUGCGAACGGGGAGACGGCCACGGACGACUGGGUCGAUUACCAUGCGCCAUACAACCCUAGGGGCGACGGUUAUCAGGACGGUAGCUCCUCGUCUACUGGCUCUGGCACGAGUAUUGCCGCAUAUUCAUGGCUGGACUAUGCUGUUGGCAGCGACACCGGAGGGUCAAUGCGCGGUCCCGCUGGUGCCAACGGCGUCUUCGGAACUCGACCCUCCCAUGGAGCCGUUUCUCUGACCGACGUCAUGCCGCUCUCGCCCGAGUUGGACACUGGUGGAAUCUUUUCCAGAGAUGCGAAGUCCUGGCAGAUCGCCGGUAACUGGUGGUACCAGAACUUUACACAGUUCAACAAAUACCCGUCGACUAUCUUAUUCCCAGUCGAUACCUGGGGCAGCAGCUUCUUAGAGAACCCGCCCAAGUCCGGCACCGCCGACGCGAUGUUCAACACUUUCAUCCAGAAGCUCGAAAGCUUCUUGAACACGUCGCGGACGGAGAUCAACCUGACGACGAUGUGGAAUGCGACGAGCCCGUUUAUAGCGAACGUAUCAAACCCCCCACCGCCGUUACGCACAGUGCUGAACACGACAUACGCAGACUUGAUCGCUCUCGACCAAAUCUCGCUCGUCGCGGACCCGUUCAUCGCGGACUACAAGGCGUCCCAUGCCGGCCAGAGUCCGUUCAUCGACCCUGCACCGCUCGCGCGCUGGAAUUAUGGCCGCACGCUCAAUGCCACGACACGCAAGGCGGAGGCUAUCACGAACAAGACGGUCUUCAUGAACUGGUUCCAGAACACAGUCCUGAACGGAACAAACAACGAGACAUGUUCAAAUGCGAUCUUCCUGUACCCACAGAGCUCGGGAGAGACGACAUAUCGUAACGCGUAUAUCAAGCCACCGACUGCACCUUUCGGCUUCAGCGCUGGAAGGAUCGCGGUGUACGCGGAGACACCUGAUAUGGUCGUUCCAGUCGGAGAGCUUCCGUACAACUCCACCAUUAGUCUAGCGACCGAGACUUUACCCGUCACCAUCAGCUUUAUUACUCAGAAAAACUGCGACCUCAUGCUAUUCAGCCUCUUUGCUGCUUUGCAGGAUGCUGGGAUCGUCAGCUCUGUUGUCACCGGACAGAAGAUGUUCGCAUGA